AUGGGUAACUCAUCGAGUACGCCCAAGAUAUCCGCCCAGGAUAGGGCCAUCCUUGACAUGAAGAACCAGCGCGAUAAGCUGCACCAGUACCAGAAGCGCAUCACCAUCAUCACCAACCGAGAGAAAGAGAUAGCCAAGGAGUGCUUGCGGAACGGCGACAAAAGACGCGCUCUGCUCGCCCUCAGGAAGAAGAAGUACCAGGAGUCAUUACUCGUCAAAACAGAUCAGCAAUUGGCUCAGCUCGAGACCCUUACGAGCGACGUCGAAUUCGCCCUCGUCCAGAAAGAUGUCGUCUUUGGCUUGCAGCAAGGCACAAAGGUGCUGAAAGAGAUACACAAGGAGAUGGGCGGCUUGGAACGCGUUGAGCUCAUCCUGGGCGAGAACGAAGAGGCCCAGGCGUACCAGAACGAGAUCAACGAGAUGCUUGGAACAAGAAUGACCAACCAAGAGGAGGACGAAGUCGAGGAUGAGCUCGAGGCUCUAGCAGCCGAAGCGAACAGACUGAGGAUGCCGAGCACCGUACAAGAGGGAGUCAUCGCGCCCAUGCCCAACGUGCCUGUAGACGCACCCAAAGAAACGGCAAAGGAAAGAGCGGCGAGGCGA